CCCAGCUUCAUACAGCUACCUCGUCUCGCCCGAAUACCUAAAGUGACACUGACAAAAUGGCGUCGAAAGGAAAAGAGGCAGUGCAAAGUAAAGAUGCUACGCCAACAAACCCACGGGGCAUCCCCUAUGCUCCGUUCGUCGACAAGGUCGAGGACUAUGUCUCUACUCGUGACGACGUCGAACCCACUCUACGAAGCUUCCAAGAAAUGAUAUCGUGAGUCAAAUUUUGUCGAGAAGCUUUAGGACGACGCACGCCCUCAAAUGCACGCUCUCUUCAGCUUGCGAUAUAGGCAUUGGCGCUGACUCUGGAUGGUGGGGUAGGAAAUACCAAUUCAUGGAGAUGAACCUACAGAAGCGAAUGGGUGGCCUCAAGGAGAAGAUCCCGGAUAUCCAGAAGACUCUUGACUCGGUCAAGUUUUUGAAAUUAAGAAAGGAUGACGACGAGGCGAUAGACACGACGUUCGAACUUAAUGACACCCUGUACUCGAAGGCGAAGAUUCCUGCGACAGAGGAGGUCUACAUCUGGCUAGGAGCGAACGUGAUGCUCUCGUACCCCAUAGACGAGGCAGAGACACUAUUGAGUUCCAAGCUAUCCACGGCAAAGACCAGCUUGUCUAACUGCGAAGAAGACUUGGAUUUUCUCCGCGAACAAAUUACGACAAUGGAGGUCGCUAUAGCAAGAGUUUACAACUGGGAGGUUGUGCAGAAGCGAAAGGACAAGGUCGAGGAGGAGGAGGAGAAGAAGAAGAAGAAAGGGAAGUCCCAAGGCGAAUAAUUAAAAGAAGAGGUCCUGCUGGUAUCUGAUGUGUCCAUGAAAUGUUAAACUGCAAAAAGUAGAGCAAAAAUGAGAAAAGUAAUAAACUUUUUGCCAGCAGAGUUUUGUUGUUUUGGUAGAUUAUGAAAAUUAGCAAGGGAUCCAGCGCACCAAAAGUAUCACACGAAUUGUUAGGCAGGCGCUCUGCUUCGAAAGAAAUACAUAAAUUCGAUAACAAACUCAGAA